AUGAUCAAAGAUAAUCUUAAGAAAGCCCAAGACCGACAAAAGAAUUAUGCCGACAAACGGAGGAGGCCAUUAGAAUUUGAAGUUGGAGACCACGUGUAUUUGAACGUCACACCGAGGUUGAGAUUGGGAGGACCGUUCAAAACGCAUAAGCUCAGUCCAAGAUACGUGGGACCUUAUCAGAUUGUGAGUCGGGUAGGCGAAGUAGCCUAUGAGUUAGCAUUGCAACUUUCAGUAUCCGAACUACAUGAUGUGUUUCAUGUAUCUCAGCUCCGAAAGUUUGUGCCUGAUGCUUUUCAUCCUAUUAUUCCGGAUUCUGUUUUGGUGGAACCAGAUCUCUCCUAUGAUCUUCAAUCUUGUCGUAUCUUGGAGCAUGCUAGCAAGUCUCUACGGACUAAGGAGAUGCCCCUAGUGAAAGUGCAGUCGGACGAGACGCGUCCUGAGGAAGCUACAUGGGAGCUUGAGUCAGAGAUGCGAGAAUCCUACCCUCACCUAUUCUGGUCUGAAGGGAAAGUUUUGUUGUUGAAAACUUACAGCAAGGGUUUGAAAGUGUUCGGUUUAUACAGUAGGGUGAGGAUGAGGUUACGAGGAAUUGGUUUUGCAGAGCUUUGUGAAAGGUUGGGGCAGCAGCACAUUCUUGGAGCUUUAUGGACACAAUUUGGAGGGAAUGAAGCAUAUGUUUAA